AUGCCCCCUCGGAAAUCCCAAGCGCGAACGUCAGUAACCUCGUCAAGAGCCGGGCGGACCACACGAGCGCGUCCCAACUCGCGCGAUGUGUCUCAGGAUCCCGCGCAGAGCCCAGUGGCUAGUGAGGAAGCGGCAACACCAAUAAGUCAACCUACAUCUCAACCACCAACUGAGGGGUCGCCAGCGCCGAUGUCUCUAGCCGAAUUCAAGGCCUGGGUCAAAUCGGCCCCUAUGAGUGUGCAAAUCCAACGAUACAAGGACUGGAAGCGCAACGGCUCGAAUCAUGAGACAACAUGUCGAGUCUGUUCCCGUGGCGGCACGCUUGAACCCUGCCAUACAUGCAGGCUCGCGUUCCACUCUGACUGCGUGUCUCUCCCGCGACAUGUUUCUCCCGAUGGUUCAACGGCUUCAUAUUGCUCCAUCUGUAUCGAGCGCGGAUGGCACCGCUCUCCGCCCGCAUUGACGCCACCGGCCUCUCCUGUUCUCCGGCCUACCGAUCAACAAAACGUCCCGGCGACGACCGAACAGGCCCCUGCCACGUCAAGCGCGAUAUCGAUUUCCAACCUCGUCAGUCAGACGCUGGGGCCAGACACCCGGCAGCAGCCUUCGCCCCGAUCUCUGCAGCAAUGGCAUCGGGAUACAGUUGAAGACAUUCGCCUUCUCAAUACACUAUCCGAGUCUAUGGCAGUUCCGAAACGCCCACGUGAUACGCUCGCCAGUACAGACGGACAAUCAACCACCGAAACACCGACCCAAAAGCGCCAGCGGAAAUCGCGCUUCGCGACCCUCUCCAAUGAAGUCGAGGGCGCUCUCUCGGUUCUCUACCGCGAACUCGAAUCAGUCACCUCGCUCAAACUCCAGAUCGAGGAGUUGCAAAGCCAGAAGCGUCAGGAUGCACAGCUGAUCAAGCUCCGCGAUAACGAUAUAGCGAUUAUGAGGCGGGAUUUGGAGCAGAGGCGGAGCGCUGUUCUUGAACUCGCACAGCUGCGCGCGUCGAUGUCGCAGUCUGGGGAUUUAAAGAGGGAGGUCGACGAAUUGAGGGCGAGAAAUGCGGUCCUGGAGAAGGAAUUGGAGGAGUCGAAGGCGCAGACGGCUGCGGCGCACGAGAUGGUGAAUACGUGGAAGGGGAAGCUUUCGCAGUUGCUUGAUGCGUAG